GUCAAAAUGAAGGCACUCUGUCAAUGGUGGAGGGAGAGCUACUUUCUGUGGUGGAAGAAGACAAAGGUGACGGCUGGACCAGAGUACGGAGGAACUUGGAGGAGGAGGGAUAUGUCCCCACCUCCUACAUCAAAGUCUUCCUGGACAGCAGUGCCAAAGGCUUUGUGCAGAGUAGUCGACUAGUCUAGCACAGUAAUCGACCAGGGAGGAUGUCUCGCCAAAGGAAGUGAUGUAAAGGAAAGAGCUCUGAGGAAGUCCGGUAACCGCUUUUCAUUGGACAGUUUGACAUUUCUCAGCCAAUCAGACGAGAGACUGCUGUUGGUACACGAUGGAGGAAAACUUCUACUUGUGACUGAAAGAUCAAUCAGUCAAUCAGAUAUUAGACACUGAUCCAUACCAUCUGCAUUUACUGUAGCUCAGAUGAUCACGUCAAUCAAUAUUCAUCAUCAGCUCAGAUUUUUAUUUGUGGUUUACAUACUCAACAAUAAUAAUUAAACAUAAUAAAAAAUUAAACAAAACCCUGAUAUUCUCAUAUAAUUCAGAUCUUUGAGGCCAAAAGUAUGAAUUUGUCUUUAAACAUUUGCUCUGAUGUGAAAACCGAGUUUCUGUAAUUGAUCAGUAUUCACUGACAAACUUACCUGAGAUCAGUUUUUUCACCUGCUGUAUUAAAACUAUGAUCAAAUUUGAAAAAUCAGAAUAUAAACACUUUUAGAUAUGAAUGUUUGUAAAAACGCUUUAUUGAAAAGAAAAUGUGAAGUGGUGGAGAGGACGAUGCUUCCUGUUGUCCGAUGAGAUCAAUAAAGGAAUAUCUGGUUUCUGUCGAACUUACAUCUCACCACAGUGAUGUCACAGAGUACUUCAGUACACUGUACAUCACUGUGGGUGUGAUCAGAAGUGAAACUGCUGUAAAGUCUAAACAGUUUAUACUGCAUAAAGCCCCGCCCCCUUAUACCUGCAGAUAUUAGCCCAACCCCCAGAUUAACCAGCCCAUAUUAACCCUGCUCCCUGCUUGUUGAUCAGUGGUCAUGUUAUUGAUUGAUUGUGUGAAAUGUGAAACUUUUUUAUUUCAUAGUAAGAUAUUGAUCAGUUAUUGAUUUUUUUUUAUUGAGACGUGAGACUGCUGAUCACGCUCUUUUCAA